UUGAGGGCCAUGGCUCGCGGGCAGCAGAAGAUUCAGUCCCAGCAAAAGAACGCCAAGAAGGCAGCAGAGAAGAAGAAAGGCCAGGCCGCUGACCAGAAGACUGCAGCUAAGGCCGCACUGGUCCAUACCUGCCCUGUCUGCCGGACACAGAUGCCUGACCCCAAAACCUUCAAGCAGCACUUUGAGAGCAAACACCCCAAGUCUCCCAUGCCUCCUGAGCUGGUAGAUGUUCAGGCAUGAAGAACUGGUGACUGAACUGGACUUGGACGGAGAUGUGCAGUGUUCGGUUGGCCCUCUGGCCCAUCGUCAGGGUCUUAUAGAUACGAAACUCUGCUGCCGUCACUGUCUCACCCUGAGGGAGGGGCGUCAGAUCAAAACGAAACUCCUUCCAGUAUGGACGAGGCUGCAGGAGGUCACGCUCCUGCUCCACUGCACAGAGAAAGAGAGAGACAUUUCUAGAUAUAUAGACAUUUCAUGGAGAGAAGAUACGAGCAAAUAACUGACUACACAACAACUCCACCAUGAAGACUUUGAAGUUUGAUUUUUUUUUUGUCUUAAAACUAACAUCUGGCACAUGAGGAAUGUUACCAAGUAUAUUUACUCAAGUUUACAUUUACACAAUUUUGAGGUACUUUCCUUGAGUAUUUCCAUUUUGUGCUACGUUAUACUUCCACUCCAGCACAUUUCAGAGUGAAAUAUUGUAGUUUUUACUUCACUCUUGUCAUGUUUCAGUUAUUAACAGUUCCACCUAAGAAUGAUUUACCCUCUGAACGUCUCAGAUGGUUUCUAUUUGAGGCCGAAAGAGGUAAAAAUAUUCAAUAAAUCAGAAGACAGCAAAGAUUAGAGAAACAUUCGACAAGUUUAAACAUAUUUGUGCAGCAGAACUUUUACUUUUUAUUUCUUUAAUCUUCCAUUAAUCAUUUCACAACCCCUGAGAUUUAUCGGGUGACCCUUUGGAGAGGGGCCUUUCUGAGUCUUAUAUGAUCUUAAAUAUAUAAUAUCUUUGUGAUUUGGAGUACUGUUUGGAUAAAACAAGAAAUAUGAAGACAACUUGGACAUUUUAUAUUGAUAAAGUGAUGGAGCCUAAAAUUACAUUUAAAAAACUUCCAAAGAAGUACUGUAAUGAAAGAAAAAAAAGUUUUUAGUGAUAGAAUAAAAACGUUCUAUUGUCUUUAAAAUCUGGAACAACAACAGAGCAGGAAUAAUAUUUAAAGUCAAGUCAAAAAGUUUCACUUGCCAGUUUAGUUGCAGAGUCUGAGAGAGAGGAGUGAGAGGAAUCAGAUGGGAAAAGUUUUAGUUUAAAGCAGAUGUAAGAAGAGAAAAUGUGACGAGUGUGAAGGUGUCGAGGAGAUGAGCUCACUGGAAGAUGAGUCAAUGAAAGGGACACAAAGGGAAGUGGUGGAAGAAGCAUUCAGGCGUUUAACUUGCAAUACAACUAUGUAAAAAUACUCCAAUACACCUCCAGCACUGAAACCUUUACUGAAGUAAAAAUCCCCAGAUAAAUGUAAAAGUAACAAAAGGAAAAGUAGUCAUUAUGCAGAAAAUGCCCCCUUUGAGUGUUAGAUUUUAUCUUUUAUGUUUAUUGGUGAUGGUUAAUGUAUAAACAGGAACUGUCGGAGGUGAAGCAAAGUGAAAUGGCAUAUAGUCCUACUGUUGUGUAGUUUAAUCUAUAACAAUACAUAACAUUUUAUAAGCUAAUUCAGUAACUAGUAACUAUAUCUAUCAGAAAACUAGUGGAGUAAAAAGUACAAUAGUUAUCUCUGAAACAUAACAUGGAAAUACGUGAAGGAAUAUUAAAACAUUUUUGGGAAAUAUGCCUAUUUGCUUUCUUGCUGAGAGUUAGUGAGAAGAUUGAUAUCACUUAAUCUCCACACUAAAUAUGAAGCUACCAUCAGAAGCCAGUUAGCUUAGCAUAAAGACUGGAAACAGUAAAAUCAACCUACAUGCACCUCUACUGCUCACUAAUGAACACAGUCACUGUCUGGAGCCCAGCCUUUGUUUUUCUACAAAUGAAUAAAAUGUGAUAUAAAGAGUUAAUUACGGAGGUUAAGAGGUGCUGUUGGGUGGAUUUAGUUACAAAGCGCCAAACUAGCUGUUUCCCCCUGUUUCCAGUCUUCAUGCUAAGCUAACCAGCUGCUGGCUUUGUCCUGCAGACCUGCAGGGUGGUAUUCAUCUCAUCCAACUCAUCAGUGUAUUUCCCAAAAUUAUUCCUUACAAGUUCAGUAAAGUACAAAUACUUAAAGUAAAGUACAAAUACUUCAAAACUGUAUUUAACUACAAUGCUUAAGUGAAUUUACUUAGUUACAUCCAACCACUGGAGACGUAUAUUUCCACUCUUUCUCACAGAAGAUGAAACAUGACUUUAUGUCCUGAAACCUGCAGAGUGGAAUAUAAAUAAAUAUAUACAGUAUAAAUGUUCCCUACCAGGUUUAACUAUGCACCAGUUCUGCACUUUAUUCACCCAGAGAAGAUUUAUGUGGCCUGUGCGCUCUUUUUCGCCAACAUGCUGCAUCACACACCACUGAAAAAGAUGAAGGUGACAUGCCUUGCUUAAAGGCAUCCCGACAGCUUCUGUUGACAGAGUGGAAGACGUGAUGCUCCACUUCACUAAACCUUUGAUUAUAACCAACAGAAACAAAAACUUGAAGAACACACUGACUGGAAAAAAACGCCACAGAAACACGUCCUCUUAAAGAACAAUAUGUAAAUGAUGAGGUGAGCUAACAGCGCGCGCACACGCACGCGCGCACACACACACACACACACACCCCUUCAACAAAUCUAAACAUGAAACCGAAACACCAGCGCAGUGUGUGUCCUUGUGGAACCCCACAGGGACACAAAACAGCUCUGGUCACUGGGGUUUGGCGAACACACACACACACACACACACACACACACACACUGAAUGCAUUGUAAAUAGAGAUACUAAGGACAGGACACCCCUGAUUGUUGGGCGUGCUCAUAUCAGCACACACACACACACACACACUGCAGUAAUUAGAGACACUUAGUGCCCUGAACCGCAGCAGCUGCUCAGCACACACACCACUAAUUGCAGCCCUGCCCGGUAUUUUUAGAGUCGCUCCCUCCACAGCAGUAUUUUCAUCUCGCUUCGGACCGUUAGCUUUUUUUUUCAGUGUGUGUCAGUGGGGCCUUUAAUUCUAACCAGCUGUGUCUUCCCAUUACAUAUGCUAGGAACACACACCCAUGCUUAUUUGAUUCAACUUACAUGAACUACACACGUUGAUUAGAUUAGUCAUAGAAAUAGAAACUAAUUAUACCAUAUCUGCUGUGGAGAACAUAAGAGUAAAAUAAAUGCAAUAUGUUAAAGGUCUAUAAUUCUCUGCGUCACACAAUUAGCCUCUAGUUAGUCCAGGUCUGUGUGAUGUGUUCAGCUAUUUGUGUCGAUCUGAUGAGGUUUAAAGGGUUUCACGAUAAAAUAAAGAGCUGUUUGAAAAACACCCCUAGCGUGCACUGUGGAUCACUAUUAAAGGCAUGAAUCACC